AUGGAUAGAAAUUAUCCAGAUCAGAAGUCCAAGGAAAAAAUAUCUCCGUUUUUACUUAGGAACAUGACAACAGCUUUAACUUCUGACGCUCAUUCUAAAUUCUUAUAUUUCUAUGAAGACGAACUUAAGACAAUCCAACGAAUAAAGCUGAAUAUUUUUUCCGGAGUUGCCGAAAAUUGGACGACAUCAGAACUUGUUACAUUAGCAGUAGGUAAAGUUGAGGGUCUAGCUGUUGAUUGGGUAGCGGGUAAUCUAUAUUGGAGUGAUAGUAGAUUUCAGCAAAUCAUGGUUUCAAGAGAAGAUGGCCGAUAUCCUUUUACACUGAUUAGCGAGGCUGUGAGUAAACCACGUUCCUUGGUGGUCCAUCCAACUAAAAGAUUUGUGUUUUGGUGUGACGUGGAUGAAGAUAUGCCUAGAAUAGAACGCUGUGGUCUGGACGGUAGCAGACGACAAUCCAUUGUUACGGGAAAUAAGGCGAGAACUCCUCGAGCAUUAGCUAUCGACUUCCAAGAUGACAGAUUAUACUGGACAGAUGGUAUUAUUAUACAUUAUGGCAAGUUAAAUGGUACUGGUCAAUUCUGUCUUCAUAGCUCAGGUCGAUCAGCCGUCCGGUCACUGAUCAUAUUUAAUAAUUAUAUAAUCUGGUCAGAUGUAGUUGGUAGAUUACACACUGCACAUAAGGAAUAUAGCAAGGGACAAGAACAAAUGGAUGGUGGGAUAGCUUUCUUUGUUGACCUAGUUUAUCAUGAUGAAUCUUGUCAACCAAUGACCACAAAUCCAUGUGCUAUUAACAAUGGUAACUGUGAUCAUUUAUGUCUACCAAAUAAAACGGGUUAUAGAUGUGUAUGUGCACUGGGUUACUGGAAUUUUAAUGGCAGGUGUAUUUCUGGUGUAGGUGAAGAAAGAUUUUUGAUAUUUGCUGAUCAGAGACAAGCUGGGAUAUAUCAAAGACCAUUAUUUCUGGAUGAAUAUUACUCGAUACCGUUACAAAAUAUUAAACAACCCAGGGAUGUGGUGUACGACGGAGUGAAAAAACUUAUAUAUUGGAGUGAUAUAGCUUUAAGUACCAUCAGUAGAUCAAAAAUAAAUGGAAGUAACCAAGAAAUCAUAUUUUACCAUGCUAGAAUGAGUAAGUAA